UAGAUUUUGGGUUUGUAUGCAGUUUAAAGUGUAAUAGAUUAGGAUAUACAGUAAUAUUUUGCAACACACUCUUAUUGAAUAUCCAGUGUUUUUUCACUUCCUUUUAGAAGCUGGAGUCUCGAUGUGUGGACUCUUGUUUGUCCGGAUACAGAAAAAAGCCAAAAUCUUCAAUCCACUCUUGCUGCUAUGACUGUGUCCCAUGUUCAAGAGGCCAGAUAUCCAAGACAGACAGCGAGAACUGUAUCAAUUGCCCAGAGGAAGAAUGGCCCAAUGAGAAGAAAGAUCGGUGUAUUCCAAAACUCCCUGAAUUCCUUUCCUACACUGAUGCCAUUUGUAAAGUAUUCCUAACAUUUUCUAUUUUACUCUGCAUUGUGACUGUUUUAAUAAAAGGGAUUUUUAUUUCCUAUAUGAACACCCCCAUCGUGAAAGCUAAUAACAGAUACCUGAGUUUCGUUCUCCUUGUCUCCAUCAUGUUAAGCUUCCUCUGUGUGUUCUUGUUCUUUGGCCAGCCACUGGAUAUAACCUGUAUACUGCGUGUCACAACAUUUGGAGUCAUCUUCUCCAUAGCCAUCUCCUCUCUUCUUGCUAAAACAAUCAUGGUUUACAUCGCUUUCAAAGCCACCAAACCUGGCAGCUACUGGAAGAAAUGGAUGGGAAGCAAACUGGCCAAGUCCAUAGUAUCAGUGUGUUCAUUCAUUCAAGUAUUAAUAUGCAUUACUUGGUUGUCCUCUUCCCACCCUUUUCAGGAAAUGGACACUUACUCUUAUCAGGACAAGAUCAUUAUUCAGUGUAAUGAAGGGUCGGUUAUUGGAUUCUACUCUGUGUUGGGUUAUAUGGGGUUUCUGGCAGCUGUGAGUUUUGUUCUGGCUUUCAUGGUGAGGACAUUACCGGACAGUUUUAAUGAAGCCAAACACAUCACCUUCAGCAUGCUGUUGUUCUGCAGUGUCUGGAUUGCCAUGAUCCCGGCCUAUCUGAGCACCAAAGGGAAAUACAUGGUGGCUGUGGAGAUAUUCGCCAUAUUGGCCUCAGGUGCUGGACUUCUAAGCUGUAUAUUUUUUCCAAAAUGUUUCAUUAUAUUAUUUAAACCUGAAUUGAAUGCACAAUCACGUUUACUUGAUAGCAGAAAUAGACAUGAGUAACUACUUCUAAGGAUCGGUUUAUAUAUGUUUUUACACAAGAUUCACAUUGCUUUCACCCAAAUCUACUGAGAUUCAAAUGGAAAAUUGUGUUAAUCCUGGAUGAAAGUUGUGUAAAUCUUGUGUGAUUUUUUUUUUAAUACUAAGGUAAGUAUACUGCAAUGAAAUCUGGGGCUGAAAGUGGUUGAUGUUUUUUUGUUUAAAUUAAUGUUAUUGUUAUGUUGGUGUAUUCACUGUAGGGCAUUUGAUUAGUAGGUAGGCAGCUUCUGCAAGCCAAGCAGUUACUACAAUCACCCUGGUUUGUGUAUUCAAAACUCUUAUCUAGAAAUUGGAGAGCCAUACCAAUGUGUUUUACAAAAUUAAGCCACCAGAUUGUCAACCUUAUAUUUGGUUAAUCCUUGGUGAAGGGCAGGGGCGUUGUUAGGUCUACAAAAGAUCCAGGGAUAGAGCCCAUAGCAGUGAAGUAAAGAAAGUAAUACGCUUUACAUCAGGGUCUCCAGAGCCCUCCUUGUUACAUCAUGGUCCCCAGAGAGCCACCCUCCAUACAUAAGGGUCUCCAGAGCCCUCCUUGUUACAUCAUGGUCUCCAAAGAGCCCCCUCCGUAUAUCAGGGUCCCCAGAGCCCUUCUUGUUACAUCAGGGUCCCCAGAGACCCCCCUCCUGACAUCAGGGUCCAUAGAGUCCUCCUUGUUACAUCAGGGUCCCCAGAGAGCCCCCCUUACUUGAGGGGCCCCAGAGAGGUGCCCCCCUUACAUCAGGGUCCCCAGAGCUGCUCUUUUUCUAGCAUUAAAUAUAAGCCUCCUAAAGUUUCUUACCUUCUUUAAAUUCACAACAUCUGAAGGGGGAGGCGGGGCACUGGCAGCAGCCACGUCUAAAUGAGAAGGUUCCAUACUGGGAGGGAUCGGAGUUAGACAAACUGGUUGUUUGGUUGAUAGCAACCAACCACUGAGGAGACAGUAAUGCCAGGAGGUGUGGCAGCAUCCAUUCCAGGACAGGUCUGCAAGCCAGAAAGUUCCAUUCUCCACUGAAUGCGGGAAGCAGAGUCACAGGGUGGGUUGCUAGACGAUGCAACCAACCACUACUGGAAUGUCAGUCAGUGGCGAGCAGGAGCUAGGACUGUUGCUGCGGAUGUACGGCACCGCUGGCUGCACCUGGUAAGAAACUCGGGGCUAUGGGCCCCAGAAUCAGGGCUAUAGCCCCAGAAGCCAUCCCCUAGCAACGCCACUGGUGAAGGGGCUGAUGUUGGAGCCCUGAAAUGCAUUGCCUGUUUUACCCUGUUAUUAUUUGAAAUAAAUGU